AUGAAUACCCUCGACGACCAAGAGCGGCGACCUUUGCUAUCUCCCACGUCGUCUCGCUUAUCAUCGACGACUACGACCUCGGACAGCAAGCACCCGCUUUCUCAAGUAGAAGGGAUAGCUGAGGACAAUAUCGUCACCGGAGAUGUUUAUCCAACCCGCUCUGUGGAAGAUGAUGUGCUUCCAGAGACAUCGACACUCGGUCGAACAUUGACUUGGCAAAGUGCAUAUAUCCUCGUCAUCUCAAGAGUCAUAGGCAGCGGUAUCUUUGCCACCCCAGGCGCAAUUCUUCGCUCCGUCGGUAGCCCAGGCCUGUCACUGCUGCUCUGGUUCAUCGGUGCAGUCAUUGCUGGCUGUGGUCUAAUGGUUUCGCUCGAAUUCGGAUCGAUGCUGCCGCGAUCCGGAGGCGAUAAAGUUUAUUUGGAAUUUACGUAUCGACGACCACGCUUCCUCGCUUCAACACUCAUCGCCAUUCAUGCUGUUCUCUUGGGGUUUACAGCGAGCAAUUGUAUCGUCUUCAGCGAGUACUUGCUCUUUGCUCUUGGCGGCCAAAACCCCAGCGAUCUUCUCCGAAAGGGUCUUGCAAUUACACUGCUGACCACUGUCACGAUCAUUCAUGGAUGCUUCCCACGCUUCGGCGUCAAGCUGCAGAAUAUCCUUGGCUGGGUCAAAGUAGGCCUUGUUGUAUUCAUGAUCUUCUCCGGUAUUUAUGUCGUCUUGUUUCGACCAUCGACCGAUGCAGCACGAACCUCCGCGACCCUCUCAUGGGGAAAUCUCUGGGAGGACACGAACUGGAACUGGGGGGUUAUUGCGACGUCCCUUUUCAAAGUAUUUUACUCCUAUAACGGUCUCGACAACGCCAACUACGUUCUCAAUGAGGUGAAAGACCCAGUGCGGACGCUGCGAUCAGUUAUGAUGGCUGCUUUGACAACUGCUUGCGGGCUGUACGCCCUCAUCAACGUGGCGUACUUCCUCGUUGUACCCAUCGAGGACAUCAAAGAAAGCGGAGAGCUCAUAGCGGCUCUCUACUUUACAAGGAUCUUCGGCGAAGGACUUGGCAAAACAGUUCUUCCUCUAGCUGUUGCUUUGAGCGCUGGAGCCAACGUUCUCGUCGUUGCCUUCUCUGCAGCUCGUACCAAACAGGAGAUUGCCAGGCAAGGUUUCCUGCCGUUUUCUGACAUACUCUCUUCGACAAGGCCGUUUAACUCACCCUUAGGCGGAUUACUGGUUCACUAUAUCCCAUCGUUGCUCGUCAUUGCUCUUCCCCCGACAGGGGAAGUCUAUUCCUUUAUACUCGAAGUUGAAGGAUAUCCUGGGCAGUUUCUUGCGUUGGCUGUUGGGUUUGGACUUUUGUGGCUACGAGCGAAGCGACCUGAUCUCAAGAGGCCUUUCAAAGCAUGGAUCCCGGCAGUCUUGUUGCGGAUCGGGUUGAGUUUGGCUCUUCUAGCUGCACCAUUUUUUCCGCCCGACACCAAGCCGGUAAACGGAUUGUUUCAUGCGACUUACGCAGUUGUUGGGGCCAGCAUUCUUGGUGCUGGGGUCGUUUACUGGUAUUUCUGGAUAGUUCUUAUCCCCAAACUGCGCGGGUACAAGAUUGAAGAAUGCGAAGAGACUCUGAAGGAUGCUAUAACGAUAAACCAACAGGACAAGACCCCUUAA